AUAAAGAUCCCGCCUUUGAUUGAAAUGGAAUCUUCCACUAUUGAGCAAGCCUUUGUUGAAUGAGUCAUCGGGGCGGCUGCUCAUUGGCUGAGGCCGCUGGAGCCAGGGGAUUGCCUGGCACCGGCUGCAGGGCCCGGCUUCAUUCACAGAAUCACUGGCUCACUGCUAGCCUUUCCAUUCACACAAACAGCAUCUCAUUCACAUUUUGCUGUUUUUGUCUGCUUCUAAUGAAGAGCGGGGUUUGGGAAUGAUAGGGUGCUUUUGCUUCAGAUUUGGGGGGGCUCUGCUGACCACCACAAUCGGCGAUGGGGUGUGCACUUGCCGUUGCUAAGCGAACCAGGGGAAGGGCAAGAAUGAGUGCCCGCGCCCAGGGAGGGAAGCGGCGGCCGCCCUGCGUGCCUGCAUCCCAGCGGCCGGCCUCACCUGCCUGCCAGGAGCCGCCCCACCUGCACCUGCUCCAUAAAGCUCUGCAAGGCUGGGUGCCUCGUGUGGCACAUGCCUAGUCGUGGGUGUGAGAAGGCAGGGCGCUAGAGAAGGCAGGUGAAUUCAUUUGCUUGCACAGAGUUGCCUGGAAAUUUGGACAGGGAGGUUCCGCUGUGUCAGGGUUGCAAAGCAGCAACAGAAGACACACUGAAAUGUAUCUGUAGCGUUUGGUAGACAUUUUUCCAGACCUUGAGCGCAUUCAGUUGGGAUAAAGCGUCAAGCCCAGCCCCCUUUCUGGAAUGGAUUUCUGGAGCCGGCUGCCAUUCCUGAGAAGUCCUCUUCUUUUCUGGAAGAAGUGAUUUGCAGCGUUCCCUGGGCCUUUGUUGAGAAGGGUCUCCUCUGGAGUGAGUCACGCUCUCGCAGUGCGCAGCCCGAGCCGCGGGGCGCUCCCCUUCGGAAGCGAUGACUGGAGCAGCGCGAGCGUGCCGCCCUCCGCAGCCGAGCGCGGGGCCGGGGCUGCGCGGACGCGGCGGCGCGGGCCGCUAGCGGGGAGGCGGCGCCGCUGUUCCCCCUCCCCCCCCCGCCCCCCCCCCCCCCCCCGCCGCCGCCGCCGCCGCCGCCGCUGUCCCGGCCGCCGCGUCCCGCCGGGCCGCGCUCGCCCCUGCAGCGCCCGGGCGGAUGCGGCCGGCCCACGGAGGGGCAUGCUUCCACGCACCAAGUACAACCGCUUCAGGAAUGACUCGGUGACAUCGGUCGACGACCUUCUGCACAACCUGUCGGUGAGCGGCGGCGGCAAGGUCUCGGCGGCGCGCGCGGCCCCGGCGGCGGCCCCCUACCUCGUGUCCGGAGACGCGCUGCGCAGGGCGCCCGACGAUGGGCCGGGCAGCCUGGGCCACCUGCUCCACAAGGUGUCCCACCUGAAACUCUCCAGCUCGGGCCUCCGCGGCCGCUCGGCGGCCAGGGCGCGGGCGGGCGCGCGGCUCUCGGGCAGCUGCAGCGCGCCCAGCCUGGCCGCCCCGGACGGCAGCGCGCCCCCCGGCCCCGGCGCCCCGGCCAUGCGCGCCGCCAGGAAGGGCCGGCCCGGCGACCAGCCGCCGCCGCGCGCCCCGCACGCCAGCGACCAGGUGCUGGGGGCCGGAGUCACCUACGUCGUCAAGUACUUGGGGUGCAUUGAAGUUCUCCGCUCAAUGAGGUCUCUUGACUUCAGUACAAGAACACAGAUUACCAGGGAAGCCAUCAGCCGCGUCUGCGAAGCCGUCCCUGGCGCCAAGGGAGCCUUCAGGAAGAGAAAGCCUCCCAGCAAAAUGCUGUCCAGCAUCUUGGGCAAGAGCAACCUCCAGUUUGCGGGCAUGAACAUCUCCCUGACCGUGUCCACCGCCAGCCUGAACCUGCGGACGCCCGACUCCAAACAGAUCAUCGCCAACCACCACAUGCAGUCCAUCUCGUUCGCCUCCGGGGGAGACCCGGACACAACCGACUACGUUGCGUACGUAGCUAAGGACCCUGUUAACCGCAGAGCGUGUCACAUUCUCGAGUGCUGCGACGGGCUGGCCCAGGAUGUCAUCGGCUCCAUCGGACAGGCCUUUGAACUCCGGUUUAAGCAGUAUUUGCAGUGUCCUUCCAAGGUCCCCGCUUUCCAUGACCGAAUGCAGAGUCUGGAUGAGCCUUGGACUGAAGAGGAGGGGGAUGGCUCAGACCACCCGUACUACAACAGCAUCCCAAGCAAGGCGCCCCCUCCGGGGGGCUUUGUGGACGUGCGGCUGCAAGCCAGACCCCACGCCCCUGACACGGCCCAGUUUGCAGGCAAAGAGCAGACGUACUACCAGGGGAGACACCUGGGAGAGCCGUUCGGCGAAGACUGGAAGCAAGCACCUGUCCGGCAAGGGUCCUUGGACACCUACAGCCUGCCGGAAGGGAGAGCUCACGCGGGCCCCGGAGAAGCCCCCACCUACGUGAACGCCCAGCACAUCCCGCCUCAGGCCACGCCGGCCUCCGGCAGCAGCGCGGAGAGCAGCCCGCGGAAAGACCUCUUCGACAUGAAACCCUUUGAAGACGCUCUCAGGAACCAGUCCUCGGGGCCUGUGCUGAGCAAGGCGGCCUCCGUGGAGUGCAUCAGCCCUGUCACGCCCAGAGCCCCCGAUGCCAAGAUGCUGGAGGAGCUGGAAGGGGAGCCUUGGUACCAAGGGGAGAUGAGCCGGAAGGAGGCCGAAGGGCUGCUGAAGAACGACGGGGACUUCCUGGUCAGGAAGAGCGCCACCAACCCGGGCUCCUUCGUCCUUACGGGCAUGCACAACGGCCAGGCCAAGCACCUGCUGCUCGUGGACCCGGAGGGCACGGUCCGGACGAAGGACAGGGUCUUCGACAGCAUCAGCCACCUCAUCAACCACCACCUGGAGAACAGCCUGCCCAUCGUCUCUGCUGGAAGUGAGCUCUGUCUCCAGCAGCCGGUGGAGAAGCCCCUGUGACCGGCCGGCCACCCCGUCCUGACCCUGCACCGGUGGUCAGGAGACCUGGUUCUUCCCGGGAAAUGGGUACGGGGGCUAUGGAAACUCGGGCAGCCGCCCACGGGCCCAGAGCCUUGUCCAAAUGCCCCAGGAGGAAGGUGUCCGAAAAGUGCAAGUUUCAUAAACUUGUCCUGAUUUUCUCGUGUGCAUAUUAAAGGUGUACAUACCUAUA